AUGACUUCCGUGGUGUCCAAAUUGAUUCUCAUUCUCGUUAUAUAUCUUGAGUGUGGAGUGGAGUGCACAAGCAAGUACGAAGUUGGAGUGACCGAAAACAUACCCGGCGUAAUCCCGCGCCUGUGUCUUUCACUUGGAGAACUAUCAUGUACGGAAAAUGGUGAUACUUUUGAAUCAGCUGUUUAUGAAUAUGAAGGAAUUCCGUGCUACCCUCCUGGGGUUGUUUCGACGUGCGAAGAAAGGCUAAAUGUAGCCAACGAGGUAUGGAAAGGAACUGCACCAUUUUGUCAUCCGAGUGAAACAGCCUGUGAGGAUGCCUCCAUGGAUGAAGUGUUGACAUCUCGAUGCGACGGUCGAGAUGGCACAUGCUGUUGGACAGGACUUCCAGAGAGAAGACUUUGCUAUCCGAGAGAUGGGGAGGACCCAGUAGACGUACCGCAUAUCAACACGGGUUUGGAAUGCGCUAUGUGUGAUGUGUUUGGGUUUAUCUGUGACGUAACUACUGAAUUGGAACCUGAUCAGCUGUUUCUAGAUGGCGAUCACGCUCGAUGUUUGCCCCCGUCCCCAGUUCGACUGAAAGACAGACAUUCCCAUCACCUCAGUGUAAUUAGUUACAACGUCUACGAAAUACCAUAUCCUGUCGGACAGUUUGGCCAGAGAGAACGGGUGUGUCGUAUCCCUAAUCGUCUAUUCGAAGAACAUCCGGAAGUCGAUGUGAUAAUAUUCCAAGAAGUGUUUCUAGGUGGUUGUGGGUACGAAUUUGGCGUUUCUCUCAGGGAUCUAUUGGCCGCAAACGGUUUUCUGUACACUACUGCAACUGUUGGAGACCCACCAGAAUUGUAUUUAAGACCCUACAAUGGUGGUAUUUUCAUCGCAUCAAAAUGGCAAAUCCUUUCUGAAAACUCGACAGUUUUUUCCCCUGUUGGCCCUUCCGAUGAUAUAUAUCUAGCGAAGGGAGUAGCAUACGCUACAAUUGAAAAAUCUUUCCAGGGCAGAAGCAAAGUGUAUCACAUAUUCGGUACUCAUUUGCAGUAUACACCCUUAGGAGAGGCUCACACAAUGUUUGAUGUAAUGAGAGUAUUGCAAGUACAGGAGAUGGCACAGUUUAUUGUCGAGCAGAAUAUUCCUAAAAGCGAGCCAGUAAUCGUAGGUGGUGAUUUCAACGCUGAUACUUAUAAUAAUAUGUAUCAUGAACAUCGUGAUGAAAUAUUCGAAAUACUUGGUGCCAGGAUGCCUAAUAUUAUUGGUAAUUGGUAUACCACAUAUGAUUCUGAUUUGAUUCCUGGGAUAUUUGUGGGUGCCGAACGUGAAUGGAUCGACUAUGUCUUAACAUUAAAAGAUCACCAGCAGCCAUCUUCUUCAAAUCUUAGAUCAUUUCGCUUGCCAGGGACAGGUGUUUUUAUCGAUGACGAUGACCACUCUGAGCUCUAUAAAGAUUCUAAAAUUGACUAUGUUGAUACCUGGAAGACAUUUGAACAGUUCGUCGACGAAGGAAUAUGCAAGAAUAUUGGUGUGUCCAAUUUCAACAUCAAACAGCUGGAGAGAUUGAGAUCAGUUGCCAGACAUCCUAUCGCCGUGAACCAGGUGGAGUUACAUCCAUACUUGCCGCAGAAAAAACUGGUUGAUUACUGCAAAUCACAUAAUAUUGCAUUAACUGCGUACAGUCCAUUCUGUGCCCCUGGUAGAGGCUGGUUGACUGAUGAUACCAAGCCAGGUCUUUUACAAGAUCCUGCUGUACUGGCAAUUGCCGCAAAACACAAAAAGACUGCUGGACAAGUUCUUCUUCGCUACCAUAUCCAACGAGACAUCGUAGUGAUUCCAAAAAGUUCAAACGAGAAAAGAAUAAAGGAAAACUUUGAGGUAUUCGACUUUGACUUAUCUGGUGAAGAAUUGACUAAACUCGGUGGAAUGAACAAGAAUUACAGGUCUUAUCUGCUUUUCAAAGGACAUCCUAUGUAUCCAUUUGAUGAUGAUGAAGAAUGAACCGUUGAUGGCGUGAUAUGUUUAUGAUAAUCUACAAGUCAUGUAUGAAUAUACAUACAAAUACACGUAUCAGCAAGGACGUGAUAAUAAUUUGAUUAAUAAAUGAUUAAUUUCAUCAAUAGGUGAUAAUGAACCGGCAUUUAAGUGUAAGGUUCAUAGUUGACUUAUGGACAAUUUGUUUUCCGGGAAAAAUGUUAUUUUUGUAGUAAUUAAUAUCUUGUACUAGUAUUUUAAUUCUAACUAAUGAUGGAUUAAAUAAUUAAAUAAUCUAUUGUGGCAUACAGUAA